AGACGAAAUAAAUUAAAUUUAGAUGUCAAUAAAAUGUUCAAAGUUUUAUUUUACGCGGCAAAUAAUAUAAAUUAAACCUAAUUUAAAAUAAGUUCAAUGUUUUAACUCUAUAUUUAGUCUUUCAUAUAUAAUUAAUUAUUGUUUUUAUUAAAAUAACUAUUGAUUUUCAAACCAUAAUGUACGAACCAAACAUAGUACGUCAAUAUUACUUAUUUAUAAACUAACAGAUUGUUAACAUGACAAAUUUAACAAAAGCAAAUGACAAAAUAUAUUUGAGUUUUUCAUGAUUUAUAAGUUUACCAAGCAUUGUACACAACAAGAUGAAGAGAAGCAAGGAAUUAAGAGAGAAAUCGGAGGACUUAGAAAAGUUAGCAAUAGUGUUUUCUAAAUAUGAAGUACUCUUCAAUCCCUCGCAUUAUAAGUCAAAAAGUCUUCAAGUCAAGCUCGCUCAAGCAAAGGCAUACAAGGAAUUGGUCAGAGAACUUAAUUUACCAGAUAUUAGUACAUUGAAAGCACAAAUACAGCGCUUGAAGACUUUCUCCUAUUGCAAGAUGCGUCACUGCGUAAGCCGAUCGGAAAACCAAGGACUACACGGUCAUCGCGAUGCGUUGAAAUUUGCGCCGGAGUGGCUCAAAAAACUUGACGAACCUUGGAAUUUGUUCGAGAAAGCUUUUAAGGUAAGUCAUUUUUACAGGGAGAUCGUGUAA